AUGGCGCCAUUUUAUCAACGUCCCGAGAAUGCGCUAAAAAGAGCUGAAGAACUCAUCGCGGUCGGUCAGAAUGCCGCAGCAUUAACAUCACUGCAUGAGAUUAUAAUUUCGAAAAGGUCGCGCAACCAGCAGCUUACUGCUCUGGAACCGAUCAUGCUUUUAUUUGUCAAGUUGUGCGUUGAUCUAAGAAAGGGAAAAAUCGUUAAAGAAGGCUUGCUUCAAUAUAAGAAUAUCUCCCAGAAUUCUAACGUACCAACUAUCGAGCUCGUAAUUAAGAAAUUUAUCGAAUUGAGCGAAGAAAAGGUUACGGCAGCCCAAGCGAAAGCUGAUAAAAUUGCCUUGGAUGUCGAUGAUCUUGAAGCAUCAGAAACACCAGAGUCCAUCAUGUUGAGUACUGUCAGUGGAGAACAGAGCAAGGAUAGAACUGACAGAGCUGUUGUCACACCGUGGCUUAGAUUCUUAUGGGAUGCAUAUCGGACAGUAUUGGACACAUUGAGAAAUAAUGCACGAUUAGAAAUUUUGUAUCAGGAAAUUGCUCAUCAAGCAUUCCAGUUCUGUCUAAAAUACUCUCGAAAAACAGAAUUCAGAAGAUUGUGUGAUCUACUUCGGAAUCAUCUCCAAAACAUAUCCAAAUAUGCGCAUCAACAACACGCAAUAAACUUGAAUGAACCCGAGACGCUUCAACGUCAUUUGGAUACUCGCUUUUCGCAACUCAACGCUGCAGUCGAAUUGGAACUGUGGCAGGAAGCUUUUCGUUCAGUGGAAGAUAUACACAAUCUGUUAUCCAUGUCGAAACGACUUCACAAGCCGGUGAUGAUGGCAAAUUACUAUGAUAAAUUGACGAAAAUAUUUCUAGUCAGCGGUAAUUACCUGUUCCAUGCGGCUGCUUGGAACAAAUAUUACACUCUGGUCAAAAUGCAAAAUAAAUCAUUGACAGAUGAAGAGAACACUCGAAUGGCAUCUUUUGUGCUUCUAUCUGCUCUGGCAAUUCCAGUGAUUACAAGUUCAAAGACGAGAGCAUUAAUAGAAAUUGAUGACACAAAGAGUAAACAUCACCGACUUGCUGUGUUACUUGGGAUGAGUCGUGCUCCAAUGAGAACUGGUUUACUAAAAGAAGCUUUAAACAAGAACAUUUUAAGGCGAGUUCGUCCUGAAUUGAGAGAACUUUACAACAUCUUGGAAGUGCAAUUCCAUCCGCUAUCAAUCUGCAAGAAAAUCGAGCCAAUCAUGAACCAACUUGCUCAAGACAAAGAAAUGGUUAAGUACGUCAAACCUCUUCAUCAAGUCAUAUUGACCCGUCUAUUCCAACAACUCUCACAAGUAUACGAUACGGUCAAACUUGAUUUCGUCGUUAAUCUCGCCUCAUUCGCUGCUCCCUACAAAUAUGACGCAGCAGCUAUCGAAAAAUUCAUCAUGAACGGAUGCAAGAAGGGCGAACUGUCGAUUCGUAUAGAUCAUACGACGAGUAGUUUGACGUUCGAGACUGAUUUAUUUUCUGCUCCCAAGAAUUCCGAAGCCGAUGGAGUCAAGCUACAAUCAUCGCCGGCGGAUAGAAUGCGUGAUCAUUUGUCAAAGCUUGCUAAAUGUUUCCAUGCGACAGUGCACAUGAUUGAUCCAUCUAUUAUUGAAGCCAAGGAAGAGGCUAAAAGGCAAGCCCUUCAGCGUGCAUUAGCCGGCAUGACGGAAGAACAUAAUAACGCUCUUGCACGAAAGGCUAUAAUAGAACGAAGAAAGAAGCUUGUCGAGACGUUACUUGUGCGAAAGGAAAAAGAAGAACAGCGAGAAAAAAGCUUACGACAAAAGCAGAUGGAGGAAGAUGCACAAAAACGCGCUAUAGAAGAGGCCUUGAAACGAGAACGGGAGAGACGUCAACGCGAGAUCGAAGCUAUUCAAAAAGAGGAAGCCAAGAAGUUGGCCGAAUCUCUUAGGAACAAGAAUCUAAAAGUCGAAGCCAAGGACCUUGAGACUCUGGAUACCGAGAAACUUGUUCAAUUACAAGUAGAGCAGCUUGAAAAAGAAAAACGUGAACUCAACGAACGUCUCCGAGCAACAGCUAAACGAAUGGAUCAUUUGGAACGUGCAUAUCGCAAGGAGGAGAUUUCUCUUCUUGAAAAAGAUUACGAACGACAAAAGAAAGCCGAUAAAGCCUUCCAUGAAGCUGCCCGCCAAGUUCAACUCGAAACUGCCCGUACUAAACAUACAAGCGAUCUCAAAAUCAAGGAAAGACUGUCCAAAAUGCUGUCGGAUUAUCAUAACAAUCGUGCGGAAAUAGAGAACAAACGAUUCGAAGAGUUUGAACAACGUCGGCAACUCCAAGAAGGUACGAAAACGGCACUAAUGAUUAUUAUAGGCAACGUUGACAGUACUAUCUUGUUUUUAAUUAAUGAUCUAUCGUUUUAUUGCAUUGCAAACUUGAACAAUGCAGAACUCGAAAGACAACGUGAAGAAGAACUCGAAAGGAAGAGGAAACUCGACGAAGUUGUCGCUAUACAACGCGAAAGAGAAGAGGCUGCAGAGAAGAGACGCCUUGCACGCGAAAAAGAGAUUCGGGAGCGGGAAGAACAAGAACGAGAACGCAGGCGCGAGGAAGAGCUUGCUCGAUUACGUCAAUCUCCUCCUUCUUCACCUGUUACUACUAGCUCACCCAGUGCUUACGUACCGCCAAACAGACGUCCUACGACUGAAGCUUGGCGUCGUCCGGUGGCUGAAACGUCAUGGCGUCGAAACACAGAUGAAGCGAAGGGGACGCCAGCGAAGGAUGCAUCAGUUUAUUCCAACAAAGAGGCGCGUCGUCCUCCUUUGCGAACUCCUGAAGAUAGCGAACCGUCAAGAACUGAUAAAAAACCUUGGCGUCGUUCAAAUGAUGUUAAACCUGAUCAAACGAGCGAAUGGCGUAGAUCGGAUCCAGGAAAUGUAAGCAAACGCGUGGGUGAGGAACCGCGAAGAAGACAAGACAGCAGCGAAGAUAGCGGACGUGGGCCGCCCCGAAUCGCGCGGACAGGUUCAGAGAGUGGUUGGAGAGCGCGCGAAGCUGCUAGAAAAGCUGCCAACAAUGAAGCAGAUGGUGAGGGUCGAAAUGGUUUCGAUAGGGAAGAUGGCGGGUAUAGGACGAGAGACACGUCUGGGGAUCACGAACGCGCCGAUGAAUCUGCUCAAGCUGCUGAUGAUGAUGGAUUUACUUUGAUUAAGAGACGUAAGAAAUAG